CCACAGGGCGAUCUGUUCGCAGAUUUCUGACGACUGGAUACUCAAUGGCAUUGCAAAAUUUUGGAGCCAUUCAGAGCAUCCUUAUGGGUGGACAUGAGCCUUACAUAGAAAUAUUUGAACAGCCUCGACAGAGAGGAAUGAGAUUUAGAUAUAAAUGUGAAGGGCGAUUAGCUGGCAGCAUCCUCGGUGAGCACAGUACCGAUAAUAACAGGAUAUACCCAUCCAUCCAGAUUAUGAAUUAUGUUGGCAAAGGGAAAGUGAGAGUCACUUUGGUUACCAAAAACGAGCCAUACAGACCACAUCCUCACGAUCUAGUUGGCAAAGACAGCAGGGAUGGAUAUUACGAAGCUGAAUUUGGUCCUGACCGUAAAGUUCUAAGUUUUCAAAAUCUGGGCAUUCAGUGUAUCAGAAGAAAAGAAGUUCGAGAGGCAAUCCAUAACAGGAUUGUGAGCAAAAUCAAUCCAUUUGGUGUGCGAGAAGAACAACUUCUUACCAUUGAGGAUUAUGACCUGAAUGUUGUACGGCUGUGUUUCCAAGUAUUCCUCCCUGACGAACAUGGAAACUAUACAAGAGCUCUGGCACCUGUUGUUUCAAACCCAAUUUAUGAUAAUCGUGCUCCAAAUACAGCUGAGCUGAGGAUCUGCCGUGUAAACAAGAAUUGUGGAAGCGUAAGAGGAGAUGAUGAAAUAUUCCUUCUCUGUGACAAGGUUCAAAAAGAUGACAUAGAAGUCCGCUUUUUCUCAGACAACUGGGAAGCUAAAGGAACAUUUGGACAGGCUGAUGUGCACCGUCAAGUUGCGAUUGUGUUCAAAACGCCUGCAUUUCCUUUCAACAUCACUGAACCAACUACUGUAAAAAUGCAGCUUCGAAGGCCUUCCGACCGAGAAGUCAGUGAACCAAUGGAUUUUCGAUACCUGCCUGAUGAGAAAGACCCAUAUGGCAAUAAAAUUAAAAGGCAAAGAACAUCCUUAGUGCUACAGCAGUUCAAAAAGAAGUAUGAAAUGGAGGAAAACAUCAGAGUUGUGCCACAGCAGAAGUUUGUAGAUGACAAACAAAGUAUAAAACCAGAGCCAUUCGUUAAUCAGUCGGACUGUAUGAACCGUUCUCAAGUUGCGCAACCCUCCCCAAAAGCAUUGUUUUCAUCAAACACCCUCAGCAGCUCUAUAAUGCUAGAUUUCCAGAGGUUUGCUGUUCAACCAAGCACACAACAUCUUUCCAAUUCACUCAGGAAUUUGUCGAACAUGGGGGACAACUGUUAUAAUGUGGCACCUAACACCGUCCCUUGUACCUUCACACAAAAUGAAUUUCAACAGCUUCCAAUGAUUCAUAACCCUGGGUCCCUCUGUAAGUAA